AUUCUUUAACUUUGGUGGUAAUAAUAACAAUAACUCAGAAGACAACCAACCUACCUCAGACGAAGAUACAACCUCUGAAAACUCUGAGUCUGAUCAACUUUUUGCUGAAGCUAAAUUACGCUUAUAUAGAAGCUGGUACGAAUGUUACUUACAAGUAGCUUCAUCUGAAGGAGAUCCUAAUCCCCAAGAUUUUGAGUCUUAUUGCCAUUUCUUUAACUUAACCUGA